GGAGCGGGGCCCUGCGGCGGGGCUCCCCGUUCCGCGGCAUGGCCUCGGGCAAGGCGGCGGGGGAGCGGCGCUGGGAGCUGGUGCGCUGGUACGUGCGGGAGGGCCGGUUUCGGAUCGAGGAGAGGACGCUGACGGCGUUCCAGUGGCUGUACUCGCCCCAGCAGCACCGCAUCCUCAGCCGGGCGGACCUGGGCUCACCCAGCAGGAUCGACAAGACGAUGCUCGCCAGCCUGAAGAUGAAGAAACAGGAGCUGCUCAGCAGCACGGAUGUGACCGUCCCGGAGCGGCCGCUCUCGCCCCCCCUCACCGCGCCGCCGACCAUGAAGUCUGCAGAAUUCUUCGAAAUGCUGGAAAAAAUGCAGGCACCAAAACUUGAAGAACAGAGGGCUGGAAGCCAAAAACACAAGGAAGACUACAUCCCGUACCCCAGCAUCGAUGAGAUCCUGGAGAAGGGCAGCCCGUACCCGCUGAUCAUCCUGCCCCAGUUUGGGGGAUACUGGAUCGAAGACCCGGAAAACCUCGGCACGCCGACCUCAUCCGACAGCAGCAUCUGCGAGGAGGAGGAGGAGAACCUCAGCCCCAGCACCUACGGCUACAAGCUGGAGUGCAAAGGAGAGGCCAGAGCCUACAGGAAGCAUUUCCUGGGGAAGGAUCAUUUAAAUUUUUACUGUACAGCCAGCAGCCUUGGGAAUCUGAUCCUUUCCAUUAAGUGUGAGGAGGCAGACGGCACCGAAUACCUAAGGAUUAUACUCAGGUCCAAGGUGAAGACAUUGCAUGAAAGGAUCCCCCUGGCAGGAUUUAGCAAGCUCCCUAGCAUCCCCCAGAUUGCAAAGGCCUUCUGCGACGACGCCUCUGGGCUGAAGUUCAACCCAGUUCUGUACCCCAAGGCCUCCCAGAUGAUAGUGUCUUACGAUGAGCACGAGGUCAACAACACGUUCAAGUUCGGUGUGAUCUACCAGAAGUUCCGGCAGACCCAAGAGGAGGAGUUGUUUGGCAAUAAUGAAGAGAGCGCUGCCUUCAAGAACUUCUUAAGUUUUCUGGGAGACACCAUAACGCUCCAGGACUUCAAAGGUUUUCGAGGAGGUCUGGAUGUCAGCCACGGGCAGACGGGAGCAGAGUCCGUGUACACCGUGUUCAGGGACAGGGAGAUAAUGUUUCAUGUCUCUACAAAGCUGCCUUUUACCGAGGGAGACACGCAGCAACUCCAGAGGAAGAGGCACAUUGGCAACGACAUCGUGGCAAUUAUCUUCCAAGAAGAGAACACGCCGUUUGUCCCAGACAUGAUCGCCUCCAACUUCUUGCACGCCUACAUUGUGGUGCAGGUGGAGAACCCCGAGGCGGAAAACACGGCGUACAAGGUGUCGGUCACGGCUCGGGAAGAUGUCCCCUCCUUCGGGCCGCCCCUGCCGAGCCCGCCGGUAUUCCAGAAGAGCCCCGAAUUCCGUGAGUUCCUGCUGACCAAGCUCAUCAAUGCCGAGAACGCCUGCUGCAAGUCCGACAAGUUUGCGAAGCUGGAGGACCGGACACGGGCUGCCUUGCUGGACAACCUCCACGACGAGCUCCAUGGGCACACACAGACCAUGCUGGGGCUGGGGCCUGAGGAGGACAAGCUGGAGAACGGGGGUCACGGAGGCUUCCUGGAGUCAUUCAAGAGAGCCAUCCGCGUGCGCAGCCACUCCAUGGAGACGAUGGUGGGCAGCCAGAAGAAGCACCACGGCAGCAGCAUCCCGGGCAGCCUCAGCGGUGGCAUCGCACACAACAGCGGCGAGGUGACCAAGACCACCUUCUCGCCCCCAGUUCCAGCAGCUGCAGCCAAGAACCAGUCCAGGAGCCCCAUCAAGCGCCGCUCGGGGCUGUUCCCUCGCCUGCACACGGGGUCCGAGAGCCAGGCGGAGACCAGGACGAGGUGUGACAGUGUUUCUGGCGCUCAGAAGACACCAGAUUUGGGACAUUCUUCCCAAGAGAUGAAGUCUGAGACCUCGUCCAACCCCAGCUCCCCUGAAAUCUGCCCCAACAAGGACAGGCCAUUUAUUAAGCUGAAAGAGAACGGGAGGACGAACAUCUCCCGCUCCUCCUCCAGCACCAGCAGCUUCAGCAGCACGGCGGGGGAGAGCGAGACCCUGGAGGAGUACGACAGCGUGGGGAGCCAGCCCUCCACAGCAUCACCGUUCAAGCAGGACGUGUUUGUGUACAGCGCCUCGCCCGGCAGUGAGAGCCCCAGCGCGGCGGCUGCGGCCACCCCCGUCAUCAUGAGCAGGAGCCCCACAGCAGAUAUAAAGAACAGGAACUCUCCCCGCUCAAACCUCAAGUUUCGCUUUGACAAGCUCAGCCACAGCAGCUCCAGCUCGAGCCAUUAGCAGGAGGAGUCCUGACCCUGCACAAGAGAAUUUCUGUUUCACCAAGGGAAAACUCCCCCAUCCUGUGGGAAGCGCGGGCGCUGCACCUCUGCGCCGGGAUCUGCCCCGGCAGGACCCAGCCACCUUCCCACCAGGUGAACCCCCAUCAUGGACGCAGCGGCUCCCCAGGCCCCCGGGCUCCCCCUCAGCUCACGACCCACACCGCAGCUGCUGGGCAGAUGCAGCCCCUCGCUCCGUACGUGCUCAGUGUCUGGCACAAGGGAGCGCAUGUGAACCGGUCCUGCGCUGAGCUGGUGACCAAGGGCAGCGCCUCCUCUCUUGCCAGCUCCAGAGAUGGUUUAUACAACCUCCCUGCUUUCUCCCUGCCUGAAACUGAGCACGGGCGCAGGAAAAGGCUAACCAAAGCUAAAGCUGUACUAUAUCUAAAUACCAGCACUGGUACUCAGAGUGAAUCCACCCAGUGGGCUCUGCUUUACCUUAUAGGUUGGGUCGCAUAAAAUUCCAGUGAUUUGGAUGGCAUUAGGCUGCUUCCCCCCCCCCCCCCUUGCAGAAUCUGUCCUGCUACUUCUGAACAUGCUUUUCUUUAUUUUAAAAGAUGAGGGUUAUGGAUUCUGCAAGGUGACUUCCCUGGAAUGCCCUUUUCCAAAAAAUACCUCUCAACAUGCCAAGAAAUCCUUUUGCUCUUUUAUGGAACUUUGUCCAAAGUUUACUGAGGUCUGUCCAUAAAUUUCCCAUUGCUCAUAGAUUUCCCUUACCAGGUUUCUGAAAGAAACACUGCAGAGAUGCUCCCUGCCCCCUACCACUGUCCAUGACCUUUGCAAACCCCUCCAUGAAAUAAGGUUCUCCAUCUCAAGCGAAAGCAAUUCUUUGAGUUCAUGAUUCCUCAUGAGCACAGAACUCUGGGUGCCAAAGCUACCUGUACACGGCUGGAGCUCCCAGAGGCACACGAGUACCCCACAGCCAGAUUUAGGAGGUGCCUGCAGAGCUAUACCCCUAGAAGCAGCCCCAGGCAGCCACCGUGGCUGCUCCCCGGAGGAUGCGGCUCUCUGGGGGAAGUGCUUGUAGAAGCAAACCAUCAACUCCCUCCUCCCCAUCACCUCCCUUCUUCCCAUCACCUCCCCUGGGCCAGAGCAAAGCCAAACCGAGCCGGCUCUGCUCCCUGAGGCUCUGCAUGGGGCUAUCUAUCUGAUAACUUCACUGGUAGGUUCCUAUCGGAGCUCCCACUUGUGCACGUCAUUUAUCUGGAAAGGAAAGGCUGCAGAGGAACCAAAUUAAAGGGGGAAAAGACUUAGUGGGAAGGCAGAGAACAGUUUCACAGGCGCUAAGUGGGCUGUGCAGGACUCGUAAAUACCAAUAACCACCAGUGGGGACACUCUCCUGCUUUCACUGAGCUGCAUUUAAAUAGAGUUCAAAUCUCGAGGUUUUCUUUAGAAGAGAAGCACCGUGUGCUUAGCCUGGUCCCUAGCUCGCUCUAGAUGUCUCAGGUCCCACAUACUUUGCUGUUCAGCACUUCUGUCUGACGAUGCUUUGGUAGCACUUUCAAACCCGUCCCCAGUUCUUCCCCUUAGAAGCGUUUGGUCUGGUUUUCUCAUGCCGCAGUGAAACACUGACUGGUGCAACGACUUGCUUUGAGGGUCUGUCUUGGAUUUGUUUUUUGCCCUGAGAAGUUGCUUGAUUCUGUAGACGUCGUCAUUUGCCUGGGUGUUGAUCUCCAUGAGAUCUUUCAGCAGAAGAUGCAGUGGCUACUGUCAGCUGGGGUUUCAUUUUUGGUUUUGCUUGGGUUUUUUUACUUGAAACUGUGACUUUCCUUGUUGAUCUGUAGAACUAUUCUAAUGGGAUUACAGGCAGCAGCACAGUGUGGAGCUUCAGGGAGAGAGAUGCAGUGCGUGGGGCUUGUCCCUGCCUUGGCAGUGGGGCCAGGAGCUGAGGUCUGGCACUGGCUUUGCCAGCAGCUCCUGGAUGAUCUGGGAUGUUUUCAACAGCAUCCUCACUAUGGCUGCACAAACCCGCUGCAGCAUCCUUACAGCCCCUGGGCCAUACAGCUCAUGUCCUGGCUGGGCCGCAGCGUGGUUUCCGCCUGUGCUCCCUGCAGCCACGUGUGCAUGGUGUGCACCUUUCAGCCCACGCUGGUGCUGGGACUGACCAGUGGUUGUGUUAAACCUCGGAGGCAUUUGCACUUCCCGCAGUGGGUGAAGGUGUUCCUGUAUAUAUACUGCAAAAUGUUUUGUGCUUAUAAGUGACACACACACAUAUAGACAUAUAUAAAAGGGAUUUUAUAUAUAUAUCUAAUAUAUAUAUAUAUAAAAAGAAAGGAUCCUCAACUGACACUAACAGUAUUGGCCAGUGCAUUUUCCUUUCUGAUCCCCACCAUUGUACACAUAACUUCUAUAGGACUUUGCACAGGGAGCAGAAGGGGCUCCGGAAUGCAGCUGGGGGGAACCAGGGGAGCCCCCAGCUGUGUUGGGCGUCUCUCGUGUUGUGGGGGGCUGCUCCACUCCUUGCUGGGGUUUCAGUUCCCCCCUGCUCCUGCUGCAGCCUGCCUGUGCUUGGCCUGGACCAGUCCAUGAGCCCGGUGAGAGGCAGAGGCAGGUUGGGUCUGGGUCCAUCUCCUCAGUGCUGGUGCUGCAGGCAGGUGGAACCCAGCUCCCCACCACCUGUGUGAGCCCAGGCACCGGUUGGAGCUGCUGCUUCAUUCAGGAAAGCUCUUGGCAUGUACUUACACCCUCUUGAUACCCCACAGAGCCAAGCACAGGGUUACACCCCAGCACAACAUGAAAGUGCUUUUUUUUUCUGAGUGAAAAGGGAGGAUCUGAAGCACAAACUCGGUUUCUUUCCAGAGCUUUGAGGGUCUUUAGCAGCGGCAGGGGAAGGGGCGGCUGGCACGGAUGGGCUUGUUGACCAGGGCUGAGCUGUCUGCCUCUCUCUGGCUUGGCUGCAGGAGGUGCUGAGCACCGAUAACUGCUCCAAGCCAGCAGCAGGUCAGCGCUCAGCACCCUCAGGUCGCACCUCGUGCUCACGUUGCUUUGCUGCUCGCUGGAGCUGGCCGGGUCCGUCAUUCCCCGUCCCAGAGCAUGCUUGCAUUAUGUUUUAACGAAUGUAGCACUGCGUGUAUCCUGCAAAGGGAAAUGCUGGAUUUAUAGCGUUAGAAUGUGAAGAGAGUUUACAGAGUGAAAAUAUAUCUUGAAGAAAUGUAUCUGACAGAGUUUAUUUUUUAUGUAGAGAGGCGGUGCUUUGUAGUUCCUGGUGGCCUAUGUCUGUUGUAAAUAAUGUACAUUUAAUUUAUUGCUAUGGUAGCAGAUUGUAUUUGUUAUGUAUAAAACUAAAGGUUCACAAAUGUAUAUUUUGUUGCUUAAAUGUGUCUUUGCAAAAUUCACAAUAAAUAACAUAUUUUGUGUGCUA